GCCGCCAUUGAUCAAUUCCCAUGUGCGCCGCUGUCUUUCCGUGUGCACAGCUCCGGUAACGUGAACGCAACAUAGCAAAACGCAGCUGCUGUUAAACACAAACGAUGGCAGACGAGGCCGGCGACGCACCGAACUCGGACUCCGACUUCGAAGACAUGGAGGACGGGGACGUCGAGGACGAUGACGACAUGUCGGACGGAGGCAACGUCGGUGCCCCAGGUGCCGGCGCGGCUGAGCGUCGUGUUUACGUGCCAGGCACCACUACGUCGAACGAAGACGGCGAGGAACUGGAGUGCGAUCAGUCGGCAUACGUUGUGUAUCACCAGGCCACCACAGUCGCACCAUGUCUGAGCUUCGACAUCAUCAAGGAUGGCCUGGGUGACGACCGGGCAGAUCGAUUCCCCCUCACCUGCUACCUUACCUCCGGCACCCAGGCCGAGCGCUCACACCUGAACCACCUCAUGGUGAUGAAGAUGAGCAACCUGAGUCGAAACAGGGAGGCAUCACAAAAGGACGCCGGCGACGACGAGGACAGCUCAGACAGUGACGACGAAGACUCUAAACCGGAGCUGGAAACUGCUCUCAUCCCGCACAAUGGCUGCGUCAACCGUGUCAGAGUUGCUAAGGUCGGUGACAAGACCCUGGCAGCGUCGUGGUCGGAAAACCGUCGCGUCUACCUGUGGGACCUCGCUCGACCUCUCCACGUGCUCGACCAUCCUUCGGCCAUGUCGUCCUACGUGCGCAACCACGAGGCUCCCAAGCCCAUCUUCAACUUCGGAGGUCACUUGGCCGAGGGCUACGCCGUCGACUGGUCGCCAACCAAGCCAGGUGUACUAGCAACUGGCGAUUGCCUCAAGAGCAUCCACCUGUGGAAGCCGCAGGAAGGCAGCUGGCAUGUUGACCAGCGACCUUACACGGCGCACACGGCAUCAGUUGAGGACAUCCAAUGGUCUCCCAAUGAAGCCACGGUCAUGGCGUCUUGUUCGGUCGACAAGUCCAUCAGAGUGUGGGAUGUCCGUGCGGCGCCCCACAAGGCGUGCAUGCUCACGGCCGCCGACGCCCAUGAGGCUGAUGUCAAUGUCAUUAGCUGGAACCGGAAAGAGCCUUUCCUCCUUUCUGGCGGCGAUGACGGCGCCAUCAAGGUUUGGGACCUGAGGACCUUUCAGGGUGGGCGCCCCGUCGCCACCUUCAAGCACCACCUGGCUCCGAUCACCUCCGUGGAAUGGCAUCCAACGGACAGCACCGUCUUCUGUGCCAGCGGCAGCGAUGACCAGCUCACCCUGUGGGAUCUGGCGGUCGAGCGGGACCGCGACGCAGAAGGUGCUGCCGGCGACGAGGAGAACGAGGACGAGGCACUGCAGGGGCUGCCUCCACAGUUGCUCUUCAUCCACCAGGGCCAGAAGGACAUCAAGGAAGCGCACUGGCAUCCGCAGAUGCCCGGCCUCAUCCUGAGCACCGCGCAGAAUGGUUUCAACGUGUUCCGGACUAUCAGUGUUUGAGGAGGAGAUGCGACCACAAAGUGGAGUGUGCCAUCUCGUGGACUCGGCUCGUGGCAACAAGUCGAAUAGUCUCGGGUUCGGCUAUAGUUAUUGCUCAAAACUACGAGACUAACCAAUUUGAGCAUCAGCAAAAACAUGUGCACCUAAUACCAAACGCUCUCUGUGUGUUCCUGGCAUGCCUUGCUGCUCCAGUCCAGUCUUAAGUUUUGUGCAAUAACUAUAGCAUGUUUAAAGGGACACUGAAGUCAAAUAACAAUUGACGUCAGCGUGAAAGCUCAAUGUAUGACAACAUCUAAAACGACAAUAUUAUCAACGACAG